CAUGGGGCUCAGCUGAGGCGCCGUCGGUGAGUUGGGCCGCGCGGGUGGCGGCGGGCGCGGCCCAGCAGGUGCGGAGGAGCCUCUCCGCCGACAGGUGACUCAGCCAUUGUAUGAGAUUUGUCCACACACUGGCUCUUCAGACAGGUCUUCCAUAUCUCACGUUGAGAAGUUCCAUAUCAUACUAAACAUGGAGAAGGAAGAAAAGAAAUUUGUCAAUAAGGCAGAGGAGGAGGAGAUGGAGAUCUAUGGUUAUGAAUUAUGUCGUUGGAAGCUGGUGCUAGUUACUGUAGGAGUGAUCUGUUCUGGUGGCUUCCUCCUCCUCCUCCUCUACUGGAUGCCUCAGUGGCGUGUGAAAGCAACGUGCAAAAAGACUGCGCUUAAAGACUGUGAAGUGGUUCUGCUGAGAACAACCGAUGAAUUCAAGAUAUGGUUUUGUGCAAAGGUUCGCGUUAUGCCUUCUUUGGGAGCCAGUCCUUUACAGAAUCCUGACCCUAUUGUACACAAGGUUUCAAAUGGCCACACUGUUCAUUUCUGUGAAUCUGCUGCAGAAGAGAAUAAAAAUUAUUUGAAAAAAUAUUUGCCUAUUCGUUAUUUCACACAUCACAGCGUGAAGUAUUUCUGGAAUGAUUCAGCUCAAAGUUUUGAUGUUAUACGAGGAUUAGAUGACUCUACAUUCUGUUCUUCAAUUCAUAAUGAACACAGCAGAGGACUGACAAAGGAGAUGCAUGAUUAUAGGAAAAUGUUCUUUGGAAUAAAUGAAAUUGCUGUGAAAGUGCCUUCCAUUUUUAAGCUUCUGAUUAAGGAGGUUCUCAAUCCUUUUUACAUUUUUCAGUUGUUCAGUGUGAUAUUGUGGAUCACUGAUGAAUAUCACUACUAUGCAUUAGCAAUUGUGAUCAUGUCUGUAUUAUCCAUUGUUAGCUCACUCUACACUGUUAGAAAGCAAUAUGUUAUGUUACAUGACAUGGUAGCAGCUCACAGCAUUGUAAGGGUUUCUGUCUGCAGAAGAAAUCAAGAAAUUGAAGAAAUCCUUUCUACCAAUCUUGUGCCUGGAGAUAUCAUGUUGAUUCCAUCUAAUGGGACAAUUAUGCCCUGUGAUGCAGUACUUCUCAGCGGUACCUGUAUCGUGAAUGAAAGCAUGUUAACAGGUGAAAGCGUUCCUGUCACGAAGAUUAAUCUACCAAAUCCUUCAGAAUAUCCAAAAGCAACGGGAGAUGAAAUAUACAGCCCAGAAGCUCAUAAGCGACAUACUUUGUUUUGUGGAACCAAUGUGAUCCAAACCCGUUUUUAUACUGGAGAAUUAGUUAAAGCUCUGGUAGUGAGAACAGGCUUUAAUACUGCUAAAGGACAGCUUGUUCGUUCCAUACUGUAUCCAAAGCCAACUGAUUUUAAGCUCUACAGAGAUGCCUACUGGUUUCUCCUGUCUCUGGUGGUGGUGGCAGGCAUUGGGUUUAUUUACACAAUUGUCAAUAGCAUCUUAAAUGAGGUUCCAGCUCACACCAUCGUCAUUGAAUCUCUCGACAUUAUCACGAUCACGGUGCCCCCAGCGCUCCCUGCUGCCAUGACUGCAGGCAUCGUUUAUGCACAAAGACGGUUGAAAAAAAUUGGCAUCUUCUGCAUCAGCCCUCAAAGGAUAAAUAUUUGUGGCCAGCUGAAUCUUGUGUGUUUUGAUAAGACUGGCACACUUACUGAGGACGGCUUGGAUCUUUGGGGAAUUCAGCGGGUGGAAAAUGCUCGUUUCCUUUCGCCGGAAAAGAGGGCUUGCAGUGAGAGCUUGCUGAAGUCUGAGUUUAUUGCUUGCAUGGCAACUUGUCAUUCCCUUACUAAAAUUGAAGGGGUGCUUUCUGGGGAUCCACUUGAUUUGAAGAUGUUUGAAGCAAUAGGUUGGAUUUUAGAAGAAGCAACGGAAGAGGAGACAGCACUUCAUAAUCGAAUCAUGCCAACGGUGGUGCGACCUUCGAAACAACUUCUUCCAGAAUCCAAGCAAGCAACCAAUCAAGAAAUGGAAUUAUUUGAGCUUUCGACCUCUUAUGAAAUUGGGAUUGUGCGCCAGUUUCCAUUUUCUUCAGUUUUGCAACGCAUGUGUGUAAUAGCAAGAAUUCUUGGGGAGAAGAGAAUGGAUGCUUAUAUGAAAGGUGCCCCUGAAGUGAUUGCAAGCUUGUGUAAGCAGGAAACAGUUCCUAUUGACUUUGAGAGUGUCCUGGAAGAAUACACUAAGCAGGGCUUCCGAGUUAUUGCUCUGGCUCACAGAAAAUUGGAGUCUAAACUUACAUGGCACAAAGUUCAGACCAUUAAUAGAGAUGCUAUUGAAAGUAACAUGGAUUUUAUGGGGUUAAUUAUAAUGCAAAACAAGUUAAAGCAAGAAACCCCUGCUGUACUUGAAGAUUUGCAUAAAGCCAACAUUCGCACUGUCAUGGUUACAGGAGAUAACAUGUUAACUGCUAUCUCUGUGGCCAGAGAUUGUGGAAUGAUUCUACCUCAGGAUAAGGUCAUUAUUGCUGAAGCACUACCUCCAAAGGAUGGGCAGGCUGCCAGAAUCAACUGGCAUUAUGCAGAUACCCUUGCAAGAUGCACUAGUUCAUCACCAGCCAUAAACUCAGAGGAUAUUCCAGUUAAAUUGGUCCAUGAAAGUCUUGAGGAUCUUCAGAUGACCAAAUACCAUUUUGCAAUGAAUGGAAAGUCAUUUGCGGUUAUUUUGGAGCAUUUUCAGGACCUGGUACCCAAGCUUGUGUUACAUGGCACUGUGUUUGCUCGCAUGGCUCCUGAUCAGAAAACUCAGUUGGUGGAAGCUUUACAAAAUGUAGAUUACUAUGUGGGCAUGUGUGGAGAUGGUGCAAAUGACUGUGGCGCACUAAAGAGGGCACAUGGUGGUAUAUCUUUGUCUGAACUUGAGGCUUCUGUGGCAUCACCAUUCACUUCCAGGACACCUAGUAUUUCCUGCGUGCCAAAGCUGAUCAGGGAAGGCCGUGCUGCUUUAAUAACUUCCUUCUGUGUAUUUAAAUUCAUGGCAUUGUACAGCAUUAUCCAGUACAUCAGCGUUACUCUGCUGUAUUCUAUCCUGAGCAAUUUGGGAGACCACCAGUUUCUCUUCAUUGAUUUGGCAAUCAUUUUGGUGGUUGUAUUCACUAUGAGCCUGAACCCUGCUUGGAAGGAGCUAGUUGCGCAAAGGCCUCCAUCAGGCCUUAUCUCAGGUCCACUUCUGUGCUCCGUUUUGUCUCAGAUCAUCAUCUGCCUUGUUUUCCAAACUGUUGGGUUUCUUUGGGUCAAGCAGCAGCCCUGGUUUGAACGUUGGACACCAGAAUCUGAUGCAUGUAAUAUAUUGGAUGCCACAAACAUCAGCUCUGCACACGGUGGGAACGAGACUCUUGAUGAUGAACAUAACAUUAAAAAUUAUGAAAACACAACUUUGUUUUUUAUAUCCAGCUUUCAGUACCUCAUAGUUGCAAUUGUCUUUUCAAAAGGAAAGCCCUUUAGACAACCAUGCUACAAAAAUUUUCUGUUUGUUACUUCUGUGAUAGUUCUCUAUGUCUUCUUAUUUUUCAUCAUGUUGCAUCCCUCUGAACUUAUUGACAUGUCUUUUGAGCUCGUAUGUGUGCCAUAUGAGUGGCGCCUGAGAAUUCUCAUCAUUGUUAUUGUCAAUGCAAUUGUAUCCGUGCUGAUGGAGAAUGUCCUCCUUGAUAUGAUCCUUUGGAAGGUUGUGUUCAGUCGAGACAAACAAGGAGACUAUCGCCUCACCAUACCCCAGCCGCCUCAGGAGGCUGUGGAUCAUUGUGGAGUCUGUUUCCUUUCUUCCCUGUUUGGCUAUAGAGAGAAGGCACCAAAAGCCAAGUAUAUGCAUCUAGCUCAGGAACUGCUGGUUGAUCCAGAAUGGCCACCAAAACCCAGAACAACAACAGAAGCUAAAGUACCAUCCCAAGAGAAUGGCUCGUAUCAAAUCAUCACUUUAACAUAACGGUGGACCCUAUGGCAUGUGUCUUUAGGAGAACUGAGAAGAAUGUAACUUUCAGGCUUUAUUUGAAAUUGCGGUAUCCUACACUUUUAAGUUCUAAUCCCGAUUUUUCCAGCUGUUUCAUCUCUCUGAACCCAAAGUUCAGAGCCUGACAUUUUAUGGCUGUACAUUUUAAAAAUGUAGGCUACCUUAGGCAGAACAAAAAUGAUUGUUUCCUUCCCCCUUCUUUCAAACUCAUUAUUCCUUAAUGAGAUGUAUUGGAAGAGUUAAACUGCAGGGCAGUUGAAGAGGUUCCUUUUGUUUGCCUGAAGUAUCUCAAUCAUUGUUCUGAUUUCCUUACAGGGACACGUGUUAAUUGUAAGGCCUAUGAUGUAAUGGUUUCAUGAUAGCACUAGAGGCAUGUAAUAACUUUGUCAUACCCUUAUUUGUUUUGUUUUCUAACAUUCACUGCUGAAAAGCUUUGUGCCCCAAGGGGUGCUAAAGUUUUGUUGUGUGUACCUCUAAGUUUGUCCCUGCUGGUAAGGAGUGUUUCCAGCUGUAAAUGUUUGGAUUUGAAGUUUAGUUUUUUAGUCUACCACAGCAGGAAUUGGGGAUGCUGCAGAAGCAAUAUGCUCUGUGCUCAAGAAGAAAGCAUGUUCCUUUUGAGUGGGUUCUUAGCUGCUUUCCUCGCUAAUCCUUGAGAAGGACUUCAGUGGAGUUCAGAGGAGGAGGCAUUUUCCAUACUCUCAAAGUUUUCAGAGAAUCUAACACUGCUGUCUCAUAUUUUAGUGUCCUUAGCUAUGCAUUUCUCCACAGACCUUGUUUUUUUCCAGCAGAUGGGCUGGAUUAUCACUUUGUGGACCAUGUUUUAUUUGUAAAUCUUAAAUAGUUUUCCUAUUAUCUUGAAGUAGUAAGGCCAGAGCUGUUGCUGCAAUUGGGUGUAGUGGGAGGGAGGAAUCUUUUCACAUGCCCAUGCUUGGAUUUGUGCGUGUUAAGAACGUACGAAUUUCAACGAGGCUGUUAGUGACUUAAAGUUGCUUAAGCACUAUAUGAUUAUUAUUAUGAGACAAAAUUAAGAGAAAAUAGAUGAGUUAAAAUCUGCAGAGCUAUGAAGCUUAUAAUGGAUAUCAUUUUAAAAAAAAAAAAACACCAAGAAAACAAAACCUUGUGUCACUAAUAAUGCUGCUUAAGCACUUGGUCUGGCGAUGCAUCACUUUGCCAGUAGGUGGUGUCAAAACACAAGACCACUAGAAAAAUAGAUCUGCAAGAAUGUAGAAGUAGGCAUGGUUUAUUUUGUUGUUGUUUAUUCGAAUAAUGGACAAAGUACUUCUCUCCAAACCAUCUUCAGCUUGCUGAACUUUCAGAGAAAUCUAUGGUGUCUUUGAGAAGAUGAUAACAAUACUGACUUUGAUCAGUCUGUUCUGGCCAGGUGAAACCGACUGAUUCGUACUCCUUCCUUUGAGAAGGGAUCUCAGAUCCAGAGAAGUAAUCAUGCUUUAGAGAAGGAACUCGUGUCCUUCAGAGGACUUGUGGGGAGAAUAGAAGGAGGGCCCUGGCUAUCUCUCACUGGCUGGCAUUAAUUUGAAUUAUGUGCAUUCUGAUUUGAUUUUUUUAAAUUCCUGUGGAGAUGAUUCCAGAGUUAUUCUAAUAAAUUGAUUUUUUUAUUCAGGUUGUGCCUAAUUUCCCUGUGCUGUGCUGUAGGGCAGCAUAGGCAGCAUCCCCCCACUGCUCACAUUACAGUUUCUGCAGUGUUGAAUGUGCUGUGCCAAUGGGGAAUUUUUAGUGGUGCUAAAUGGUUUGGAAGACUUUUGCUGGAACUUGGGGGUUUCAGCUAUUAGCACUGCUCAUAAAUAUGCUUCUGUGCUAUCCGCCAGUCCAGCUGUCAACUCUUUUCCUGAUAUUUUUGUUUGUUUUUGGGGGUGGAGUGAGAAUAAGGGGGAAGUGGUUUUCUUAGCGUUCAUUCACCAGAGCGAUGUAAAAGUCGUAUUUUCCUGGCUUCUCAGUGUCACAAACAUCGCACAGCAUUGGUAGCUUUAAGGGGUCUGAGAUCAUGGACAAACUCAUUGAUCAUGAACCUAAGUCAGUUGGCCAGUUUUUGACAGUGCUGAUUUUAUGAAAUCUCUGCAGCACGGAGUAAUCGAUGAAGAAUAAAUAAUUCUAAGCUGCGUAAGUAGCAUUCAAAUCUAAAGAAAUCUGCUUUAGCUUACAGCUGUUGUGAAGCUUUGCAUCUUGGACCUGGGAGCCCUUCAACGCAUAAGCUGCUGUGCUUCGUUUCCUUGAUCAUUUUAGAUUGGUUGUUCCAUCAGAAGUGAAAGAAUGAGAAGUCGUUCCCUUUGAUAUGCUUUUGCUUCACGCUUUCUCUGAUCUGCUGAUUUCUCUCAGCUUAUUUGGUUUAUGAAGCUAACAUUUCAAUCAUUAUUCUAAUUUGUUAGGUGUACGUAUUGGGUGAGGAGGGAAUGACUUAUUCUUGUUUCCAGAGAACAUGCUAGGGAGCUCUUAUUAAUAAAACCAGAAUUGCCAUGUGUUCUCUACCUAACUGAGUGGUUAAUGGGUCACGAACCUGUUGCACUUGAACGUUUUGCAAAUGGAUGCUAGUUUCUUCAAGGUUUGCAUUCAGAAUCAGUGAAUGUUCUUGAGGUUGCAUGCUUGAGCUCUGACCUAUUUGCUUCUGCCAUCUAGUCCAGGAUAAUAAAUCAGCUUUUCCUAGAACUUCUCUUGUUGUAAUGGCAGCCACAAAAUAAGCUUUUGCAUCCUCUACAAUUACUGGGAUCAAUGCCUUUCUGCCCAAGAGCUGAAUUUGGCCACCUAUAAUUUUUCUCAUUUUGAGCAGUUUAGUUUUUCUGGUUUUCAGAAAUGCAUGCAACUGCUCUGAUGUAAGAUGAAAUUCAUGUUGUAGUGAAAAAUCUCUUCUAGUGUUCAUCUUGGAAGUCUAAAUUUGGACAAACAGACCAAUUUGGUGAGCUCCAAUAGAUAUUUAGUAGACAUUUUCUUCCUGCUGUAUAUUUGGGCCUUAUGUUGAGGAGUUUGAUUUAUUAUUAAAUUAUUUGUGUAUGUAGGCUUUAAUCUGUACGUAUUUUACUUUGAUGUAUUAGGAUUUGUAAAUAAACUGAUUUUUAAAUAUAAUUUAUACACAUACUUAAAGGACUGGUCUACCCAGACGAGCAAUUGCUAAGUAAUAAAUGUUACUUUUUAGAAUUAAAUUGCAAGAUCAUUAAAUUGUAUAUCCCUCAGGGUUAUUUUUAAAGGUUUUUUUUCUUCCCUUUGGACUUCAUUAGCAGUCACUAGUUUCACAUAAUAUAGAGCUAAAUCUACUGUAGAAAGAAAAUGCUGCGACCAGCGCUCGAGUAGAAGCAGUUCAAACACCCACAGAACUGGCUGUCCACAUUCAUUGUAACUUUAAAUUGGGAACUUUUACUGUUGCACUUUUAAGAAGUUGUUGAAUUUUUGAUUCUAUUUAUUUUUUUCCUUUGUGAAGAUUGCGCUCAGCAGGCACCCCGAACUGGGGGAGCACUCCUGCACUGCGUGUGUGGAUACAUACAGUACCAUAGUAAGCAGAUGUGGAGUCCUUUUUCUUAUGCUGCAAAUGUUUACUGCUCAUGUUGGUCAUCAUUGCAAGAGCUGAAGUUCUGUAGGAUUUCUCCCAUGAAAUUCUGAAUUGUAAACUUAGGUUUUUGUAUGUCUAAGGGAAAGCUGGGGGGUUUUGACAGUUUUUAAGUCUUGAAUAUGUUGAUUUUAUACAGUAAAGCUUCAGGUUUUUAGAUCUAUUUUCAACAAACUGCAUCUUCUUUGAUAAUUACGUGAGCUGGAAAUUACUCAACUCAUCAUGAAUUCCUCAGUCCUAAUACAGAUUAAAAGAAUCAUCAUUACAGCACUCUCUAGAAGCUCAGCCUCCUUUUUGUUUUUAAACCUGAAAUGAUUCUGCAUCUUUGUAUUUAAAAUAUGUAUUGCUGCUCUAGAAUGGUACCUUGUCAAGAGGCAUACAUAAAUAAUUGUAUAAUAGAAUUGUAAAUAGUCUUGUAAAUCAUUUUUGUGACUGAAGCUCUUUGAAAAUAAAAUUAAAGCAAACAGAUAUUUUAACUCUU